UCAGGAGACCCACAUGCUUGUCCUGUGCCGGCAUCAGAAGGCAAGACGCCGAAGUCGUUGAUGAUGUCGUCAAGACGAAGACACCGCACGACGUUGACAUUGGAAGAUGGCACAGCCUGGUCUCGCGGAAGGCGUCCGGGCAUACCAUCAACACGAGAAGAGUUCGCGAGGCUGCCAGCUGCCCAGCAAGUUGACCGUGUUUUCGUGCCGAUUGACGCCCCAUCUUCAUCGGCUGCGGGGCCCAAACGGCGCCAGGAUCAGCCGGCCAGAGCGGGUGGUAAGAGGCAGCAAUUGGCGACUGCCCCGUCUUCGUCGGCUGUGGUUGUCCAGGCUCUGCCCUCUUCGGUUCCGCCCUCGGAUCGGCAAGGUCGCGAUGUGGCCGAGCAGUCUAGCGAGGCCACAGACUACGACGACGGAGCUGUGCGCUAUCGGGCUGGUCCCCAACAUUGUUCCCGGGGAGGUGCAGGUGCCUUCGAUGACCAAGAUGGGGAGGGCGGUGGUUGGGAUGGGGAGGGCGGUGGUGAGGAGGGGGAGGGCGGUGGUGAGGAGGAGGAGGGCGGUGGUGAGGGGGACGAUGGUAACGAAGGAGAUGCUGAAGGUGAGGACGAUGGCAUGGAUGAGGAGAGAGACGAUGUUGGUGAGGAAGUCGAAGACAUUCGCUCCUCCCAAUUUCACCGUCGCCACCAGAACGAAUCGCGCGGGCGCCGUGAGGAUGACGCCUGCCGCGUUAGUGACGCGGUCGAUGCUGGUGGCCAGCCUGCAGCCUCCCGCGGAAUGUCGCUAUCCUAUGACCAGACGAAGGAUGGGAGAGACGAACCUGGCUCAUGGGGAAAGCAAAAGAGGGGAGAGGCGUCGACCUCUCCUGCGAGUCGAACAAAACAGGCGAGGGCCGACAUCGUCAAUGAAGCUCGCGGAGCGUUGACGGCAUCACAGGAAGCGCGGGCUCCUCGGAAAACUGGUAAUAAUGCCAUUGCCUGUGACGAGUCGGCCAAGGACAUUGCAUACUUGACAAAGUUCGUCGACAUACUUGUUAAGGAUGAGAGAUUCGAGUGCCGCCUCGAGAAGCCGCGUGCCACACAUCGCACCAACAGGGAUAUGUACCACAAGUUGGGACCGAAGAGACUGAAGGUGUGGGGAUACCUGUUCCGCGAUGCGCCAGAUGGACGCCAUGAUGGGGGAUACAUAUAUAGGAAAGCCAAGGUGACCGAGGCCCUCAAACAUUAUCACGGUGUUCUAACUGGCGCCUUCGAGACAUUCGUUGCUCGAUGCGAGAUCUUGAGGUUUGAUCUUCACAAAGAUAAACUAACGUUUAAAGACUAUGCAGACCUCGCUAAAUCGGGUGAAGGUUUUAACCCCGUUGACAGCGAGGAAGACUCGUCGGACUCCGACCUCGAGAUCGAAAAGGACACCAAUGCAACCGGGUGGUGUGGGAAGUCCGCUGCCAUGGAGCACAACGUCAAGGGAUAUGGACCGGGUCAAUCAGAGGGAUGCUCGAACGUGCCACCCGCGAACAAUCUGGCCUCGGGUGUGGACCGGGUUGUAUGUACGCCUGUGGAAGACGACGAAGACGAUGACCUUGAUAUUCCUGCUCAGCCAACGAAGCUGGCGCCAGGCGAUCCGAUUCCUCCCAGAUUUUGUGCGGUGCUGGCAGGCACAUCGGAGAUGGUUUCAGAGUCCACUGCUGGGAUGGGCGUCACGGGGAUGUCGUUGCAUCCGCCCACAUGCACUAGCAAAGGUGACGCACACUGUACAACAACACUACAGGGAGGGGUCACAGGGGAUGACCGGAAUGGGGGAAAUGCAGGGGGGUCUCCACGUUCUCGCAAUAUUGAGGACAUGACGACGGACGAUGAGGAUGGGGUAGAAGGCGGAAAGGGCGUGAGCGAUCCCACGCGUGUAGAAAAUGAGGGGUGAGAGAGGGAAUGAACUUAAGGGGAAUCC